AUGUGUCCUUCAACACUGUACAAAGGAUACCAAGCACAACUUGCUGCUCGUGAAACUGCGCGCCAGCGCAUGCUGGCUACCAUGUGGGAAAUUGAAGAAGCUGAGCACUUCAUUGCAUUCCUCAAUGCCAUGCACACCGAUAACGAAGACUGGCUCAAAUUUAUGGACGCUCAGUUACAUAGCUUUAGGAGCCUUUUUUCUGAGCGUGACUACACAGAGGUCGACGAUAAUCGAGACUACCUUCAAGCAGUCUAUGAAGACGAACGCAAAAUUCUCAAGGUCAUCUCAUAUCAAGCUGAGCAUGUGGCGAAGGUUUUAGGCUCGCAUGUCGGCAAUGCUUUCCAAUCUGGAGUUGGAGCAUCCAGAUUCCCCUCAUCACAACCUGAGGUUAUUGAUGAUGAAGAUGACGGUGUCAGCAGGGCAUCUAUGAAAUCUGGGGGAUCCAGAUCCCCCACCAGCAGUGGGGCUCUGGAUGAUGAAGACGACCCCAAAUAUCUAGGAACCUGUGCAGACUAUACUGCAAGCCUUGGCAUUCAUCCCGAAGCCUCGUGCAGUGCUGCAAUCAAAUGUCCCCCACAGCACAAAGGUAAAACAAAAAUUGCAAAACCUCCUCAAGGGUCCGGUCUCAACCCUUCCCACAAACCCACGGACACGCAGAUCAAUCUCCCUGAUGAACAGCCACCACCUCUAGCUCAAAUGUUCACCUUCAAUCCACAUCAGUGGCAGCACCAUUUAAACACACACAGCCAGCCGAGCCCGAGUCAUUCAAACCCUGGCCACUACCUGGAUUCUUUCAGCACCAGCUGUGCAAACCCAAGCUACCCAGAUUCCUCAUACUACAACUACUCUAGCGCCAGGACUUUGCUGCCCAUUCUCAGUAGGACCCCACUGCCCAUUUUCAGCAAGACUUUGGCCAUUCUCAGCAGGACUUUGCAUAUGCUGUACCAUCAGCACUUAACCUUAACUGAACUUUCCACCAUAGCACCCAGUUGGGUCGGUGAUGACGAGGAAUUCCAAGCCCUUUUGGUCCCACCACCGGAUCUCCAACACUUAUGGCCAAUGUUGAUGGGUGAGAUCUCCAAGUCCCAUGUGAUACAUACCACAGGGCCCGCAAGGACAUCCAAAACAUGUCAUCGUGCAAGACACAUGCCCCCCACACCACGUCUUGUUAUUCCCUCUGUGACACCCACAAUGACAGGGACAGCAGUGGCACCUGCACCUGCAGAAUCUGCUGAAAGUCCCGCCACUGAGAUCAGUCCCAAGACACGCAAAGAAGCAAUCUCAGUCUCGAAAGAGCACAUCCUAUCCAUUAUCUUUUCCAAAGACGCAUUAGUGUCCCUCGCAGCUGACAAAAAUGCAUUGUCAAACAAGUCAUUUGUGAUGUGA